AUGUUUUAUUAUCCGACAUCAAAACGUCUAUCAAAUGACGACGAACAAAUUAUAAAAGGUGAUUUAACAAACGACAUAAAAUCUCCAGUAAAAAGACGCUCAACUAGCUCAAUAUCAUCUGUAGCAUCCUCAAAAACGCAACAACAAACAAUUGAUUCAAUGGCUGAUGAAUCAUCAAUCGGUGUACCAAGUCGGUUAUGUAGUGUAUGCGGAGAUAUAAGCACGGGAAUCCAUUUCGGUGGUAAUAGUUGUGAGAGUUGUAAAGCUUUCUUUCGUCGAUCUGUUCAAUGUCAUCGCUAUCAAAAUUAUAAAUGUUCAAAUGAUGCACGAUGCCCGGUCAACAUUGUAACACGUAAAGUAUGUCAAUUUUGUCGUUAUACAAAAUGUACAACAAUUGGUAUGAAACCGAAAUGGGUUUUAUCGGAUCAAGAGCGAGAAGAAAAAUAUGGUUCAAGACGUAAACGCUUUCGAGAAACUCGCACAGUGGAAGAAGAUCCUGACAUUUAUAAGUAUUUAACUAGCGAAGAAAAAUUACUUAUAGAAGAUAUAGCACAUGCAUUAUAUCAAUCAAGAGCAACAUAUCCACUGCAAUUUCCAAAUCGAUUAAAUGAUUAUUUAAGUUCAUUAUCAUCAGGAGCACCAUCACCAUCACCACCAACACCACCAACAUCAUCAUCAUCAACAUCUGAAAAACCUCCAAGUCCCUCAGCUAAUUUUCUUAUUGUACCAAUUCAACGUCUUGUUUUAUUUGCACGAAUGCUUAAAGAUUUUGAUCUAUUUUCUGAAGAUGAUAAAGUUAGUUUACUUAAAGGUUCAGCUAUUGAAAUAAUGGUUUGUUCAUCAAAUACAUUAUUUAAUCCUAAAACGCAUACAUUUACAAAUUAUUUAUCACGUGAUCAACGUGCUGUUAUGGAUGAUCAAAUCAUGCCACUUGAUCCAUUACUUAAGAAAUUAUGGGGAGAAGAAUUAUUUAAUUUAACAAAAAUUUUUUUAAUAUCAAUGUGUAAUUUAGAAGUUGAUGAAGUAACAUCAACAUUAUUAGCACCAGUUAUAUUAUUUUCACCUGAUCGUUCAAAUAUAACUGAUCUUGAUUUAGUUAAACGUUUACAAAUUAAAUAUGUUACACUUAUACAAAAAUACAUGUAUUGGCGUUAUGGUGUUGACCAUACAGAAAAUAUUUAUCCAAAACUUUUACUUCAAAUUAUUAAUAUACGUACAUUAAGUUUAGCACAUGCUGAAAUCAUACAAAAAGUUAUGGCAACAUCAAGUGUUAAUCCACUUGUUCAAGAAGUUACGGCCAAACCUGAAGUCUUGACUAAAGCAACAUCAGAAAAAAUGAAUUCUCUAUCAAUAUCAUCACCAGCAACGGAUAGUGACAUGUUAGAGUAUGAUAAAAUUUCAUCAAUUAAUACUGAAAGUAACAUGGGUUCAGAUGAUGACGAUACAAGUAGAAAAAAAUCUCGAUCAUCACUUGAUGAUGAUGGAGAUUAUGAAAAUGAAGAUUCCAGUGAAAAUAUAAGAAACAUUUGGAAAAAACGACAAAAAUUAUCAACAGUUAUGCAAACAGAAAUAACAAGUCUUGAACAAACUAAUUCACCUAAUCUUCUUCAUAAUUCUCAUGAUGAAAUGAAACAAGAAUUUAUGCGUUCGAAUUCCAAUGAAUUUGAAAAAUAUUCCAACUCAAAUAAUUUACAUAAAAGGCCACAUGAUCAUCAAGUACCAAAUUUUGUACCGAGAUUUCACAAUGAUUUAACUAUGCCAAAAAGAGCCACUUCUCUUCGGCAUUUACCACCGAAAAAACAACCAUCGUUAAGUAAUCGUGAUAAUUCACAUGAACAAAUUCAUCGGUCACAUGCAUCAUUAACAAGGGAUGAUUCUUCUCCUGAUCAAUAUUCUCAAUUAAAUCAAAUGUCAAAGUCAACAAUAUUACCAACAUCAAAACAACAUUAUCCUCAAAAUGCAUACGAAAAUUAUCAUCAACAAUAUCAUAGAAUAGCAUCACCUAAUUUUCAACAACAACAAAAUGAACAACAUUUAUUUCUUCUUUCAUUAGGUAAGUCAUUUUUAAAACUUUACAAUCAUAAUGAAUAA